AGGAAAAAUUUGCAGUAACAGAAGCAGUGACAGCCUUGUCACCACCCUCCCCCAAAUUCAGUCACAAACGGGGGCAGCGGGUGGCUCCAUUGCACCCCCUUUGCCCAUCCUCCUACUCCUGGGGCAGAAGGGGACCCAAUUAAGGGGUACUCUCAGGUCAUAAACAGGUCUUAAAAGAAGAUCUGUGGAUGUUACCGGUUGGCAGAAUGGACGGGUUUACUCUCAUUGCUCCGGCACAUCCGGAGGAGCUGGUACCUUAUGACACUGAGAUUUAUCGCCCUCCCCAAGAAUAUUAUCCAUAUCUCAGUGACAGCGAAAGCCACGCUUCCUUGUUAGAGCAUUAUUGGGAGUAUCCUGCCCCCCACAUUCAUGGAGACCUGGAUGGAUUCCCAGACUCUCAACUUACAGAGCUGCAGAACGUGCAACCUCCACAACUUCAGCAGCUUUACCGACACAUGGAACUGGACCAUCUUCAUGUCCUCGAACCAGGAUUGCCCGGUCAACACGCUCACCUUCCAUUGGGCCAUCAGAUGUCCUAUUUGCCCCGUGUGUGUCUACAAUUCCAAACAGCUGGACAACCUAGCUCUGAUGAAGAGGACCAUGGAAGACGUAGCCCUCCUUUGGAAGUUUCAGAUGGAGAGAUGGAUUCACGAGAGCCAAAUUAUGGGAUGUUAACAGGAGAACCAGGUAGCAAGAAGAAAAUUCGACUUUAUCAGUUUCUUCUAGAGCUACUGCAAAGUGGAGACAUGAAGGACAGCAUCUGGUGGGUGGAUAAAGACAAGGGAACAUUUCAGUUCUCCUCCAAGCACAAGGAGGCACUUGCCCAUCGCUGGGGCAUCCAGAAAGGGAACCGCAAAAAAAUGACCUAUCAAAAGAUGGCAAGGGCAUUGCGCAACUAUGGAAAAACUGGAGAGGUGCGCAAGGUGAAGAAGAAGUUGACCUACCAGUUUAGCGGAGAAGUGCUCCUCAAGGCAUAUUCUGGGAGGAAACACUAUCAUCAUUGAUUUGCAGAUUGCAACCAACGGUGCCAUCAGGAGACCACGAGUGGUUAUUCAAUCAAUAGUUUAAGUGGGUAAGAAAAGGAGCGUUGAGCGAUUAACUCCAUGUGUAAUGGUCCAAGGUCUUCUUAAUAUUUCCAGAUGGUGAUAGCCCAAACAGGCCACAACAACCACUUCUUCGGUGCGUUUAGCACUUUGGUACGAAAAGACUCCAUUUAUGCCUUGUGAGGUGUACAACAUUUUUUUGUAAAUAUAAUUAAUAUUAUAGUAAUUAUUCUUACUUGGAAAAUGACUGGUUGAACGGAUCAGAGACAUUGACUAGUGAAAUAAAAAGAAAGUUGGCGGGUGCAUCUAAUUAAAAGCUUUACAUUCCAGCAUUAUUAAUGAGAAGAGUUUCUAGCACAAUAUUUUUCUAUCCAGACAUUCACUUCCUAAGAGACUUAUCUCAGUACCACUAUAAAAAUUAUAAUGUUAAACAGAAAUCCGAGAGGCUACCGCAAUGUAAGCACAACAUUUUUAUAAGUUAUUUUAAGUUUGAAUAAAACUUUAUAUAAAUAAA